AUGGCGUGGAAUUUUACGUUUGUGUUUAUCGCAGCAUGCGCUCUGAUGGCUAGUUCCAUUAGCGCUGCUCCAUCGAAAACGGCCAUCAAACCCCGCAGCCAGGAGCUGCGCGAAGCGAUCGAAGAUUAUCGCGUCCGUUUCGAUGAUCUGCACAAGGAAAAGGAUCAAUUCCUACAAUUUGCCCGUACUGGACUGUGGGCCACAGUUCGCAGAAUGAACGAGGAAGUUUUGGUCGAUCUCGGCGAAACACGCAACACUGUUGAGUACGGGUUUGACGAUGUGCGCCUAGAAAUCAGUCUGUUGAUUGUGGAGGGCAACCACAACGAGCAGUGCCUGUUGGAUCUGGUCUACGAAAUCGUCGCUGAGAAGGUUCAGCUUGGAGCGGAAAUCAGCAGCUGUUCUGCCGGAACAACUGACACAAAGGAUGCACUGCCCGCAUCGUUCUACGAGUUCCUCGACCUACUGCAACGUCUUUCCAACUCGAUCGCCGAGACGACGCUCUACACGUUCGUGAGCCAAAAUUCCGUUUCCGAUCCGGAACGCCACCUCCAGUUUCUGCAGGAAUCGUUCGACGAGACGGACCGUGCCUGGAACGAGGAGGCUCUGCCGCUGAUGCAGUUCGAACUGGACGCAAUGGAGUACAACCGUCCGUUGAUCGUUGCCGAUAAUGCAGAGUGUCUGCAGGUAGUUGUGGAGCGACAGCAAGCUUUCGAAGAUUCGAUCCGUACACGGAUCCCGUCGUGCCUGUAA